AACUCGUAUCAAAACAGCAAAGAUGCAGUUUAGUUGUUGUAUGAAUUUACUGUUCUAGUAUUAGGUGAAGUGCUUCAUAAAUACAGUAAAAACAAAAAUUAAAGGCUUCUUCACAUCUUCGUUUAUAAAAACAACACAGUAAAACGCUCUUGCCGCUCAAAAUCUCCUUUUCCUUUCUCUCUCUCUAAAAACCUUCCAGUUUUCAACGGUUCAGUUUUCUCCUUCUGCAUAUUUUUCUACCUUUCUAUUUCUCGCCGGCCGGAGUAGUUUACAAGGAGAUGGAUUUCUCUACCAUUGCGAGGAGAACCAGGUCUAGAGAUCCUGAGUUUUAUAGACAGCUGCAUGAGAAACUCAAGAAUGAGAGAAGAGCAAGCAGUAAUGGUGGUGGACAGGCUUCUUCAAGUGGAGCUAGUGGGAGUUCAACUGCUCAAAAUCUAGGUGGUGUUGGGACUUCUAGUAGAGGUGGUGGUGGGAGUUCUACUGGUCCUAUUAGAGGUGGUGGUGGGAGAUCUACUGGUCCAAGUACUAGUCAUAAUGUCAUUGUUGUUGAUUACGAAGAAGAUGAAGAAGAGGAAAGAAGGAAGUUGAAGAAACAGAGAGCUAUUAUCAGCAACAAAGUGUCAAAGGAAGUAGAGAAAAACAAAGGGACACAAAGAGAAGAAGCAGAGAGAACAAUCAGGGAAUUGGAGAGAGCGAGACAAGAAGCUGAGCUGAAGAAGAAGGAGAUUAACAAAGAAACUACCUACGUCAGAAGUGAUAGGAAGAAAGAAGAAGAAGAGGCACAUAAAAAGAUUCUUGAAUGGAGACGAUUGAGAGAACAAGCAGAGAGGAUUCCGAAGAAGAAAGAAAUUAACAUAGAAAAUACCAGCUUCAGAAGUGACCGGAAGAAAGAAGAAGAAGAAGAGGCACAUAAAAGGAUUCUUGAAUGGAGACGGUCCAGAGAAGAAGAAGAGAGAAAGAAAGAGAUUAACAAAGAAGAUACUUACUUCAGAAGUAACAGGAAGAAGGAAGAAGAAGAAGCACAUAAAAAGAUUCUUGAAUGGAGACGAAUGAGAGAAGAAGCAUCAACGAAAGAAAAUGCUGCUUCCACUUCUGAUCUGAAGGGGAAAACCAAGAUGGAUUCUGGAGGAUCUUCUAAACAAGAGGAUGUGGUUCUUAUUGAUGAUGAAGAGACUGAGUCGGAUUCUUCGAGUGAGUCGAGCUCCGAAUUUGAAUUCACUACUAGUAGUGAUGAUACAGAUGAUGAUAAUUCCGAUGAUGAGGAUUUUGAUAUACAUGAAGUUGAAGAGGAUGACGAAGAUUCAGACGAAGACGCAGAUGAAUUGGAGGUGGAAGAGGAAUCUGGAGAUGGUGAAGAUUCUGACGCUGCUAUCGCUCUUCCUAAACCAAAGAACGCCAAGGCUAAGGUGGCUAAGGUUGAAGUUAAUGCGAAAAGAACAAUUAUUGAUUUGGAGAAAGAGGUGAAGAAGACGGUUGCAGCUAAGAAAAGAAUCUCCAAGAAAAAUAUUAUUACUGAACCAGUACAUCAAACUCUUAGUGAUGAUUCUGAUGACAGUAUUGCAUUUCCAGAAAACCAAAAUGCUAGUGCUGAUGUUGAAGAGCAAAGCACUUUUGAUAGCUCGGAGGAUAUAGUGGAGGUGGAGUCAAUUCCGCCCAAGAAAAACUCCAACAGUGAUAUAGUUGGUGAACCGGCACAUCGAGCUCUAAGUCAUAAUGAUUCUGAAGAUGGUAAUGCGCUUCCUACGAAACAAAAUUCCAGUACUGAUGAUGUUGAAGUUCAAGCGAAAAGAACUUCAGCUGAUCUGGAUGAGAAGAAGAUUGAGUCUGAAAAAACUUGCAAGAGAAAAAGAGUUCGUGAACAAGCAAUUCAAGCUCCUGCCACCAAGAAUAUAGUUGGUGAAUCAGCUCACCAAGCUCUCAGCGAUGAUGAUUCUAAUGACGGUAUUGUAUUUGCACAAAACAAGAAUGCCACUGCAGAUGCUGAAAUUGAAGAGCAAAGAACGGUUGUUAGCUUGGAGGAUGUAGUGGAGGUGGAGACAGUUGCAGCCAAGGAAAGCUCCAACAGUAAUAUAAUCGGUGAAUCAGCACAGAAAGCUCCCGCUAAUGAUUCUAAUGACGGUAUUCCACUUCCAGAAAACCAGAAUACCAAUGCAGAUGUUGAAGCUGAACUGCAAAGUACUUUUGUUAGCUUGGAGGAUGUAGUGGAGGUGGAGACAGUCACGGCCAAGGAAAGCUCCACCAAAAAUGUAGUUAGUGAACCGAAACAUCAAGGUGUCGUUGAUGAUUCCGAAGAUGGUAUUGCGCUUCCAACGAAACAAAGUGUCAGUGCUGAUGUUGAAGUUAUAGCAAAAACAACUUCAGUUGAUCUGGAGGAGGAGGAGGAGAAGAUUGAGGCUGAAAAAACUUCCAAGAGAAAAAGAGACAGUGAAGUAGCAUUUCAAGCUCCUGCCAAGAGUGAAAAGAAAAACCCCAUACCUUAUAGUUCUACAGCAAAAGUUACAAGGGUGGAAUCUGGUUCAACACGUUCUGUGGAGCAGAAGACGGAGAAGAAGACUUAUCGUACUCUUCUACUUGACAAAAAGAAUAAUGUUCCUGAAAGUGGGAAGGCUAGUGCUUAUCAAACUCCUCCGGUAUGUGACGAGGCAGAGUUUCAUUCUCUGUCAAAGAAUGAGAAGAAGAAAAAGGUUGGUACUCGCGCAGUUCGUAUUGAGACAGAGAAACAAUCUCCAUUGAAAAAUGGAAAGGCUAGUAAUUCUGAAACUAGUCCAGUACAUGAUGAGGCAGCAUUUCAUUCUCUUUCCGAUGAUGAUGCUCGUACUGGUGAUGCUGGCAUUGACAAUGAUGUCGAGGAUGAUGAUCUUGGCAUUGACGAUCUUUCUGAGGUUGAUAAUGCUGUUAAUGAUGAGGAUGUUGACGCUUAUGAUUAUUUACUUGACGAUGAUAUUGAUGUCGCGGAAAAGGAGGAUGGAGAUUUAGGAGGCAAGCGUGUACAAAGUCCAAAGAUUGAUCCCCUUUUCAAGCUCUUUCUAAAUACUAUCUGGGAGAAAGGGGACGUAAUUGAGAAAGAGCCUGAGAUCGUUGAAGUUGCUCCUAGUGUCCCUGAGCCAGUGAAUAUAUACAAGUUUAAUUAUGGUGUUGAGAAACGCCUGCCCAAGGAGAAGUCAGAUUAUGAGAUAGAAAUGGAUAAGCUGUGGGCCGAGUAUGAAUUUGCGCUAAAAUCUUGCGAGCUGGAUACUGCUGCUUCUUCCACUGUUACGAUGGAAGAAGAUGAGGAGCAACAAAUUGUAACGGAUGGAUUUACUUCCUGUGGUGUAGGAAAGCAUCAACUCAUUCUUGAUGAAGAAAUUGGGAUCCGAUGCAUGUUUUGCUCUUUAGUAAAGCGAGAAAUCCGACAUAUAUUGCCAGCCUUUGGAACACCAUGUGCUAGAGAAAGACCAAGUCGGAUAUUGUCUCCUGAUGAUCCAGAGUUCUGUAUGUUUGAUAGUUUUCCGUUGCAAGCAACUGGUGGUGAUAAGGAUUCCAAUGUUCAACCCACAGGAACUGUCUGGGAUAAGUUCCCUGCCAUAAAAGAAAAUCUGUAUCCGCAUCAGAUAGAAGGUUUUGAGUUCUUGUGGAGAAACUUAGCAGGAGGCAUUAAUCUUGAUGGGAAAAACAAGAAGCCUCCUCAUGGUAUUGGUGGAUGCAUUAUUUCUCAUGCUCCAGGGACUGGAAAGACCUUAUUGACUAUUGCUUUCCUCCGUUCGUACAUGGAGAUAUUCAGAGAUUGUAGACCUGUUCUUAUUGCACCAAGCAGCAUGCUUCUGACAUGGGAGGAAGAAUUCAAGAAAUGGAAGGUUGACAUUGCUUUUCACAAUAUUAGUUCUGUGGAAUUCUCAGGGAGGGAAGACGUUGCAGCUCGAAAGCUGGUGAAGAACAAACGAGACGCGAAGUUUAACCGUCUGGUGAAGAUUCUCUCUUGGAGUCGUGGAAACGGUGUCUUGGGAGUAAGCUAUCAACUAUUUGAAAAGCUUACUGCAGACAGAACUGGGGGGAACAAAGAAGAUAAAGAGAGUGAGGAGAUCAGGAGAAUUCUACUCAAGAAGCCUAACUUGAUAAUCCUUGAUGAAGGUCAUACGCCACGGAAUACAAGUAGUAACAUUUUCAAGUGUUUAAAGAAUGUUAAAACGGAUAGGCGGGUAAUUCUAUCAGGCACUCCAUUUCAGAACAACUUUGAUGAGCUUUUCAACACUUUGUGGCUGGUAAGACCAAAAUUCGCUGACAAGAUCUCCAGCAAAAGAAACCAGACUCGAAAGAAGAAAUCAAAGGCCCUUGAAAGUGGGGAACAGUCAAGAGAAAUAUGGGCUUCCUUUACCAGUUCUAUUGGCAAGAAUUCAGAUGUUGGGGUGGCAGAGAUUAGGAGAAUCAUUGAGCCUUUUGUGAAUGUUCAUACAGGAAGCAUAUUGCAAAAGAAACUUCCUGGUUUGCGGGAAUGCGUAGUUGUUUUGCACCCAACGGAUUUGCAGAGGCAACUUCUAGAUGAAAUUAUAAAAAGGAUAAAGAAUUCAUUUGAAGUAGAACGUGCAGUAGCAUUAACCUCUGUGCACCCCUCAUUGUUGAUUAAGUGCAGUUUGGCAAAACAAUGGAAUCAUCAGAAGUGUGUUGUGAAUACACUCAUUAAGAAAAAUCAGUGUAUCAAAGAGGAUGCUUUCCGAUUGAACUAUCAUGAAGGAGUCAAGACAAGGUUUCUUAUGCAACUCAUUAAGCUCAGUGACGCGAUGAAUGAAAAAGUUCUGGUAUUCAGUCAAUUCCGUCAUCCCAUUGCGCUUAUAGAGGAGUAUCUUCAUUCCGCUUACGGUUGGAGAAUGGGGGAGGAGAUACUGCAGAUGGAUGGGAGUCUCGAUGUGAACAAAAGACAAGCUCUGAUUACUCGUUUCAACGAUCCCGAAAGUCAAGUGAAGGUAAUGCUUGCAUCCAUAAAAGCUUGUGGAGAAGGUAUAAGUCUGAUUGGUGCUUCAAGGAUUGUGAUGUUGGAUGUUGUUUGGAACCCAUCAGUGACAAAGCAAGCUAUAAGCAGAGCCUAUAGAUUGGGCCAGAAGAAGGUGGUAUAUACUUAUCAUCUCAUCACUUCAGAGACAUCGGAAGAAAACAAGUACUGUCGACAAGCUCACAAGGAUCAGUUGUCUCAGCAGAUAUUUUUCGCCGAGCAAGGGAAAACAGAAAAUCCAGACAACAAUUCGUCAAAAGUGUCAUCAGAUGAUAAAAUUUUAGAAGCGAUGCUGGAGAACAAUGAGCAGAAAGACAUGUUUAAGAAGAUUAUAUACCAGCCAAAAGAGUCGAUCCUGCUUGAGACUUUUGGGGCAGUACCAUCAAGACUGGCAUGAAAUGAAAUGGUGUGUGUUGCUGCUGUGGGUUAGUUUUCUGGUGUUCAUAGCAUAUACAUAGGCAGAUAAGUCUUUACUUCCCUAAUGUUUCAAGGUACUUCAGUUGUAGGAAUAUCACUCUAUCCGUAGUAUAUCAAUACUGCUAUAUCUAUUAGGGUGUUAAUUGUACUGGUUGUUUAAGUAUUCUAUUAGUAUAUAAUACUGUUACAACAA